GGGGCAGCGCGCUGCCCUGGAACGCAGGCUACGCCGAGAUCAUCAAUGCAGAAAAGUCUGAAUUCAAUGAGGAUCAGGCUGCCUGCGGGAAGCUGUGCAUCCGGAGAUACGAGUUUGGAGCUGAAGAGGACCAAGAGUGGCUGACCCUGUGCGCAGAGGAGUUCCUGACAGGUCAUUACUGGGCCCUGUUUGAUGGGCAUGGCGGUCCUGCAGCGGCCAUCCUGGCUGCCAACACCUUGCACUCCUGCCUGCGCCGGCAGCUGGAGGCCGUGGUAGAAGGCAUAGUAGCCACGCAGCCCCCCAUGCACCUCAGUGGCCACUGUGUCUGCCUCAGUGACCCCCAGUUUGUGGAGGAAAAGGGCAUCAAAACAGAAGACUUGGUCAUUGGGGCUCUGGAGAGCGCUUUUCAGGAAUGUGAUGAGGUGAUCGGGCGGGAGCUGGAGGCCUCAUGCCAGGUGGGUGGCUGCACAGCGCUGGUGGCUGUGUCCUUGCAGGGAAAGCUGUACGUGGCCAAUGCUGGGGAUAGCAGAGCUCUUUUGGUACGGAGAGAUGAGAUAAAGCCACUGAGCUCUGAGUUCACCCCAGAGACUGAGCGGCAGCGGAUCCAGCAGCUGGCCUUUGUCUACCCAGAGCUUCUGGCCGGUGAGUUCACCCGACUAGAGUUCCCUCGCCGAUUGAAGGGGGAUGACUUGGGUCAGAAGGUUUUGUUCAGGGAUCACCACAUGAAUGGCUGGAGCUACAAACGUGUGGAGAAAGCGGAUCUCAAAUACCCACUGAUUCAUGGACAGGGUAGGCAGGCUCGGUUACUGGGAACAUUGGCUGUCUCCCGGGGCCUAGGAGACCAUCAGCUCAGAGUCCUGGACACCAAUAUCCAGCUCAAGCCCUUUUUGCUCUCUGUCCCACAGGUGACUGUGCUGGAUAUGGACCAGCUAGAGCUGGGGGAAGAUGAUGUGGUUGUCAUGGCAACAGAUGGGCUCUGGGAUGUCCUGUCAAACGAGCAGGUGGCACUGCUGGUGCGGAGCUUCCUCCCCAGGAACCGAGAUGACCCACACAGGUUCUCGGAGUUGGCCAAAACGCUGAUACGAAGUACACAGGGGAAGGAGGACGGUCCCGCAGGGGAAAGGCAGGUGUCCUACGAUGAUGUCUCUGUGUUCGUGAUUCCUUUGCACAGCCAAGGCGAAGGAGGCAGUGGCCCCUGAGGAUUCACACAUUAUAACCCAGAAAUGCUCCAGGGCUGGUGCAAUCUGGAGACUCCUUUGUGGCCAAGAGCAGGCCCUGCUGCCCCAUACCUAGCCACAGCUCAGUGCUCUUCUUGCUUUCCAUCCCUCACCCAUUUCAAGGGGAACAUUUAUAUCAGGCAGCCAGAGCUGAAAGGGUGUGGAGACCCUAGCCCACCAGGUCCUGCCUUUUACCUUAACAUCCUUCUGCAGAAGCACUUCAGAACUUAGGAAACUCUUCUGAGGCUCCCCAGACAGGAUCCUCAGUAACCUCAAGUAUUCUCAGAUAGGAACACCUGGGUUAAAGGUAGCCAAAGAUGCCAUGAGGAACAGGCUGUAUAUCUGGAUCCAGAGUUCCAAUCUACGAAUGUCAGGGCAUCCAUUCAACAACCUCCAGUGCAGGGUUCCUUGUGAAAUGACAAGUUGAAGACAGCUCCGGAGGGGAUCAGCUCAGGCUUUGCCCUGCUGUCCUUUACCAGUGGAUGGCACAGGCUCUGGAGCUAAAGAUGGGACACAGCAAAAAGGUACAAGAUGUCCCAGAGAUGGCUAGGCGGGCAAGGACUCCUUACUGCCUAGCCUCUAGCUGCUUGCGUCAGCCCUGCCCUAGUCCAUACACCAAUAAUGCCUUUGCUUUGUUGCUAUCACCUUCCUGUUAUUAAAUGUUUAUAUGCAGAACA